ACAGCCGCCCGCGACCAAGAAGACGCCUCGCCGCCCCCGCCACAUACGACCGGCACGCUCGUCGGACGCCGUCACACUCGUCGGACGCCGGCCGGGCAGCUAGCUGGUCUGUGGGCGCCGCGUCUCCCCUCGCCGGCCGUCUCCUUCUUCGACGCCCGCAAGCGGUUCGACAGUUUGCCAAGGUACGAAAAUGGACUCCGCCGACGAGUUCUUUUUCCACAAUUUCAUUUGCGACUCCGACGAUUCGUCGUCCGACAACGAGGAGGAGAUAUUGGCUGCCGUGUUGGUCCAUCACCACCUCAACAACCAGCGGCCGUUGUUCCGUGGCUCCAUUCUGGGCCACCUUCCGGCGUUGAAUCGUAACCGAGAGAGUGGGCAUUUCCUUCUCUGGAAGGACUACUUUGAUACAACAAACCCGUUGUUCAAACAUCAGAAAUUCCGCCGCCGGUUCCGUAUGAGUAGGCAUGUUUUCAACCGUAUUAGAGAGGGAGUGGUCGGCUAUGAUGACUACUUCGAGUGCAAAGAGGAUGCCGUCGGCAAGAUUGGUUUAUCCUCUUAUCAGAAAUGCACUGCCGCCAUCCAAAUGCUUGCAUACGGAGUGCCCGGUGAUCUCAUUGACGAGUACGUCCGUAUGAGCGAGUCUACAUGCCUAGAGUCCCUGUAUAAGUUCUGCAAGGCUGUGAUUGUUGUGUUUGGCCCUGAGUACUUGAGAGAGCCGACAGCUGCAGGUACAGCCCGUUUGUUGGCGAUGAAUGCUAGCAGGGGCUUCCCGGGGAUGCUUGGCAGCAUAGACUACAUGCACUGGGAGUGGAAGAACUGCCCUUCUGCUUGGCAA